GAGGUCGGAAUUCGCAACUUGGACCUGCACACCGCAAAAACCUCUCAUCGCCAACGUCACAGCGUCACACCUCUUAAAUCCUUGCACAUUCCCCAACCCUCCCGAAGCGCGUCACUCCGUCACAUCUUCCGAAAACACAAAACACAAAAUUCAAGAUGGGCGAACCACAAACCUACACUUUCAAGGUCGGGAUGACCUGCUCUGGAUGCAGCGGCGCCGUCAAUCGGAUCUUGUCCAAGACCGCCGGCGUAAACUCGUUCGACAUUUCCCUCGAAAACCAAACCGUCAUUGUAAAGUCCGACUCGCUAACGCAGCAGGAGGUGUUUGACGCGAUAAAGAAGUCGGGAAAGCCUGUUGAGCCUGUUUCUGCGUGAGGCAAUACACAAGGGCUGUGUCCAUUUGACUGUUCCUUGCUUCUCUUUUAUCCUUCUGUCGGUGUGAAUAUUUUAUGCCUGAACAGCUGUGCUUGACAUUACCGUUACUUUCGGUUGUGACAACGGAACGGUUUCCGUCGCACUGAGACCAUUCAGCAUCAGAUAAUAAGUCAACAGGUUGUUCUCAUCUUCGAGACAUAUUGUGUGC